AUGUCUACACAAAUACCGAUACCUCCGCUCAUCCAACUUCCAAACGACUCUCAAGGUCGCAUGAACGAAGGAAAGGAUGACUUGUUCGCUACGUUAUUCUCGCCACCAACGCCAAGGCCUUCGCCCACGCUCACACCAGUUCUCGGUGACACACCUGAUACCCUCACACAAUCGUACUGCCAUCGUGCACGCACACAGUCUGUAGAUUCAGACUUUGGAGCAUUCGUCUCAGUGCCGUCCUCGGACGAUCCUCUGCGUUCCUCCGGCUCUAACCCUGACUUUCUCCCAUUCACUCCCAUCCAGAAUAUUGAUUUCCUGGGAAAUGUCGCAGUCAAUGCGAUACAAGCAACUGAGAGGAACAAGCAGGACUUGCUGGAGGAGUUGUUGAAUCAUGAAGACGAUCCGUUGUACUUCUUGCAAACUAGCGCCAGCGCCAGUGCAUCAAGAACAUCAACACCGAUCCCCCCGUCUGACCCGGACUCUGCGGAGAGCCUGCAUUUAUCAGCAGAACAACCUCCGUGUCAAUCCAGCGACAGCUCUGAAGAAAGUGAGAGGCACUCACCACGGCCCACAAGUUCUCGCAAAUAUAUGAAAGAUCGCAGCAGAGGACGGUCCUCAUCGCCACCUCUUCGCUCACCAUCACUACCACCCUCAUCACCGACCCGCAUUUCCAAACCAGAGAUCCAACCCGCGCAAUCGUUCUUCAUUCCCUCUUCAUUCCCCUCCCGCUGGGUGUCCUCCUUCCUCUCGUCUGCAGCUCGGUCGCCCCCGCCUCGACGGGCCGCGUCAGAAGCGGAAAGGCAUGAUCAAAGCGAUUCCAGCUCUUCAAGCUCGUCGUCUUCGCGCAUUCAUCAGCGAACCUUGCCGGCAACUCUCCCGUCUCAACUUGUCGACACGCUGAGCGGUCUCCCUCCUUCCCUUCCGGUCCGUGUCCCACAAAUGGUCCCCGGCAUUGACGCCAUCACACAUGGUACUCCAUUCGCCUCGCACGCGUUUGUGCCCGCGUCCGGGGCUCCUGGGUUCGCAGGUGACCGGGAUUGGGAUAAGGGAUUCGAUUUUGACAGAAGCAAUCUGGACAAGAAGAGCGUGCGGCUUGUAGGGCGGAAGGACAUCACUAUCCCUGUCCUGACUGUGGAAUUGGCCGACAUGCUACGACCGCAUUUCCCGGCGCUGGCCCGUCUACCACGGUCAUGGUUACUCCUUUACAGUUUGGACCAGAAUGGCAUCUCCCUGAACACGCUCUACAUGCGUUGUCAGAACCAUACAGGGGGCGCGCUUGUCAUUUUGCGGGAUUCGAGGAACGCCGUGUUCGGUGCGUGGAUGGGAGAGGGUAUCCACUUAUCGAAAGGGGCAUACUUCGGUAGUGGCGAAUCGUUCCUGUGGAAGCGGAUACCGGACAACCAGCUGAAGAUAUACAAAUGGUCGGGAAAGAAUGACUACGUCGCGCUAUGCGAGUCGGAUUACAUGUCCUUUGGUGGAGGUGAUGGCCACUACGGCCUCUAUAUCGAGAGCAGUCUGACCGAUGGGUCGUCUGCGACGUGCCCUACGUUCAACAAUGAACCGUUGUGUGCUGCUGGCCCGCGACAGGGUGACAACGUUUUGUUUGAAUGUGUAGGGUUGGAGGUGUGGGGAGUGGGAUAG